UGCAAGAAUAAUCCAGAUUCCAAAGAUUGCAAGAACGAUGGAGAUUCGAAAAAGUACGGCGGCUCAAGCUUCAGUGAAGGGGAAAGAAACUCGUAUAACAAGGGGAAACUAUCCCCUUCACUAACCGGAAAAGUGUCUCCUGGAAUCCAGGAUCUCCAUCCAAGCCAAAAGUAAGUCCAAAGGCGAAGCUACCUUCUCCGCGGCCUCAUACAGCAAACCACUCACUACAACAACAACAACGCCAAAAGGCUUGAAGCCACCAGAAGAUAGACUCAGAUCUGGUCCGGGUCUCUCCAAACGAUCUGGUACUUCUGUCCUCGCUGCCACUAAGACCAUCGCUCUAGGAAAAUCAUUUGAUGGGGGAAUGUUUCAAUUCGACCGUGGCACACGAUGUACAGAGGGCAAGUUUAGGGGGAUGGAUGCAGUAUCCAGCUUCCAAGAAGGCGCAUCUCUCUCCAAUGUAAUCAUCGGACUUAACCAGGAAGAUGGGGUUUAUUGGCAAGGCGCUGGUAAAUCACUCCUACGAACGUUCAGUGGGCAGCUGUAUGUGUAAAUACUUACACUGUAAAUGUAAUCUUACAGUACAAGAGGCCACUGUCACUACAAAUAUUACUGGCGGGGGAGUUUUCAGUGCUGCAAAAAGGGGAUUUCUUCCUCUGUCAACUUGGUUCCAGUAUGAAUGAACAAUGUUUCCCGUCGAGGCAAAGUCCUUCCUCAGAUGUCUCUUGUGAACUCUCAUGCCUUCAUUAAAUGUUGUCAGGAUUAUGCUGACCAGUGGUUUCCACCGCACGGAACCUACAUAAAUAUCGGAACAGGAGUGUACAACAAAGGAGGGGCAUAUUUCAGGGCCAUAUAAGCCAGACUCCUGCCCACGUACUUAGCUCCCUAGUCAUCCGAAUACAGCUCUUCUGGCAUCCUGGCCUUCCAUAUUCCUAGCAACAUUAAAUAUGGCAAUGCUGACACCGAAAAGUCGCAAUCAUUCAAUACAAUGGCGCUGGAACUAGAUGUUUCUGAUAUCACCUGCAUCAACCGUGGCAAGUUUUACAGAGCAUGUGAAAACUACGAUGGCGACUUUACUCGGCACGUCAAGUUGAGCGGCAUCAGUGCCACGAAUGGCAAAGUGCUGGUUGGAAUCAACCGAACCCCGGAGACACCGCCACCAAUAACAACUCCAAGCUCACCAGCGUCGGGUAAGUGUGCACACGGUUUGAAGGUGUUGGUCCUCAAAAGGAGCCUAGGAAGUCGAAAACUGGUCGUGAUGGCAAUAUAUGCGUUAUUGCAAGUGAUGCUAACGUCAGAUAGAGCAUUGA